CAGUUAUCUUUUAAGAGAAAAUACAAGGCUUCAAAUACACCUGUACGAGAUCUAAGAGUGCUCUGGCAGAGUCACACCUCUGCAAGUUUAGAGAUGUCAAAGGGAGUCCUGGUCUAGCCAGAAAUGGGAGAGUGACACAAAGUACAGGUGCUUGGGUUGGGCGCGAUGGCUCACUCCUGUGAUCCCAGCACUUUGGGAGGCCGAAGUGGGAGGAUCGCUUGGGCCCAGGAGUUCGAGACCAGUCUAGGCAACAUAGUGAGACCUUGUCUCUAUUUAAAAAAAAAAAAAAAAAGCGGCUCUAGCACUUUGGGAGGCCGAGGCAGGCGGAUCACCUGAGGUCAGGAGUUCGAGACCAUCCUGGCUAACAUGGUGAAACCCCGUUUCUACUAAAAAUACAAAAAAUUAGCCAGACGUGGUGGCAGGCUAAUCCCAGCUACUCGGGAGGCUGAGGCAGGAGAAUCGCUUAAACCAGGGAGGCGGAGGUUGCAGUGAGCCGAAAUCGCGCCAUUACACUCCAGCCUGGGCAACAAGAGUUAAACUCCGUCUCAAAAAAAAAAAAAAAAAAAAGAAUGCCUCACAAAAAUUCAAGAAAUACAGCGACUGCAGAUGGGUCGGUUUCACUACAGCACAAGCAGCGGAAAAAGGACCCAGAUCGGGGAGAAAUCACCCCACAAAGAUGACAACUGAGGAAUGAGGAGUGGGGACUGACACACGCUACGGUGAAACCUUGCACCACGACCAAAGGCGGUCCUAGGACUGCGACUAUGCGGGCGCAGAGGCCACCCCCCAGGCUUGGCGGGUGGGUAAAGUCAGGGCUGGGGGCCUGCUCAGUGUGGCCUUAGGGAGGAACUUCGGGGGCCUCCUCUCUCCCCAUCGAACCCCUGAGCAGUUCCCGAACAGAAAUCAGAGACCAGACGGCGCCUGGGCCCCAGCCCUCCCACGGGGACUGCACCUUGGGCCUGGCUCGGAGGCGGGUCAGAGUCUGCGAAAGACCAGCGAGGACUCUCGGGUUUCGGGGCGGGCGGCGGGCGCCCACCCCCGCCAGCACCGGGAGCCGCGCGGCGACCGGCGAGCCCGGCAGGCAGGACAGGACUGCGGCGCAGGUCUGGCUCAGGCGGAGGAAGCAGCCGCCGCCCCAGCUGACGGAGUGCGGUCGGGGGCUUCCCAGAGGAGGCGGCAACAUCGAGCCCUUUCGAACGUUUCCACCCGGCUAGCUCACGUAGCCUCGGCACGGCCCGGCCCCGCCCCACCCACUCCGGCCACCGCCCCACCCACUCCGGCCACCGCCCCCUCCCCGGCCUACACUUCGCGGGUGGGGCGACCUGCGACAGCCCCUUUAAGAGGCGUGGUCACGUGCUCCGCCCCCACCUCCCCCUCGCGCGCCAGUAAGGGGUGGGGUGCAGGAGGAGGUACCGGGGAGGUGGGGGGAGCGAAGUGUGCGCUGCUGCGCAGACGCGGUGGUCGGACGACAGACCGUGUGUUUCCAAAAUGGCGGCAGCGAUGGAUGUGGAUACCCCGAGCGGCACCAACAGCGGCGCGGGCAAGAAGCGCUUUGAAGUGAAAAAGUGGAAUGCAGUAGCCCUCUGGGCCUGGGAUAUUGUGGUUGAUAACUGUGCCAUCUGCAGGAACCACAUUAUGGAUCUUUGCAUAGAAUGUCAAGCUAACCAGGCGUCCGCUACUUCAGAAGAGUGUACUGUCGCGUGGGGAGUCUGUAACCAUGCUUUUCACUUCCACUGCAUCUCUCGCUGGCUCAAAACACGACAGGUGUGUCCAUUGGACAACAGAGAGUGGGAAUUCCAAAAGUAUGGGCACUAGGAAAAGACUUCUUCCAUCAAGCUUAAUUGUUUUGUUAUUCAUUUAAUGACUUUCCCUGCUGUUACCUAAUUACAAAUUGGAUGGAACUGUGUUUUUUUCUGCUUUGUUUUUUCAGUUUGCUGUUUCUGUAGCCAUAUUGUAUUCUGUGUCAAAUAAAGUCCAUUUGGAUUCUAGAA